UGACAACUUUACAACAUCUUUUUUUUUAUUUUUAUAUAUCAUCGAGUGGAUCUUAAAGAUGCGUGGAUUAAGACUGCGCAAGGCAAAAGCGGACUUACUGGAGCGCUGCUUUGUGACUGUGGACGCAGUCUUCUCACACUGAGCGUCCUCCUACUCCAUCUUCUUCGUCUUCCCAGGGUCGAUUCGAUGCUGAAAGGAACUUGACUUCUUUGGAUUUGAUGAACAAUAUGCACAUAGUUGCAUUUCUUCCAAUAGUCGCCUAGAGAUCAAUCCCCGAUAUGGAGGCUGGCAAUCAGAGGGCUCUCCCUACCUCUAAAGAGGGUUUAAAGCAAAUAGCAGGGAAGGCUCUGGGAAGUCUGUACAGGAGGUUGGAGAAGAAGCAGCAGCAGACAGGCGAGGCCAUCGAGCUGACGGAGGACGGGCGGCCCCUGGCCGAGCAGGGCCGCAGGGGGCCCCUGUGCGACUGCACGUGUUUCGGGCUCCCUCGCCGGUACAUCAUCGCGAUGCUGAGCGGCCUCGGCUUCUGCAUCUCCUUCGGCAUCCGCUGCAACCUGGGCGUGGCCAUCGUCAGUAUGGUCAACAACCACACCGUCCACCAGAACGGAAAGAUCAUCAUUUUAGAGAAAGCCAAAUUUAACUGGGACCCCGAGACUGUGGGGAUGAUCCAUGGCUCCUUCUUCUGGGGCUACAUUGUCACCCAAAUUCCAGGAGGGUACAUUUCCUCCAGACUCGCUGCCAACAGGGUUUUCGGUGCCGCCAUCGUACUGACAUCCACCCUCAACAUGUUCAUCCCCUCCGCCGCCCGCUCCCACUACGGGUGCGUCAUCUUCGUGAGGAUAUUGCAAGGCUUGGUGGAGGGCGUGACUUAUCCAGCCUGUCAUGGCAUCUGGAGUAAAUGGGCUCCUCCAUUGGAGAGAAGUCGACUGGCAACCAUCUCUUUCUGUGGCUCCUACGCUGGAGCGGUCAUAGCCAUGCCUCUGGCUGGAAUCUUGGUCCAGUACACCGGGUGGUCGUCUGUCUUCUAUGUGUACGGAACCUUUGGCUUAAUUUGGUACAUGUUCUGGAUCUUGGUGUCCUACGAGAGCCCGGCCGAGCACCCGACCAUCAGCGAGGAGGAGCGUCGUUACAUCGAAGAGAGCAUCGGUGAAACCGCCCAGAUGUUGAGCGCCAUGGAGAAAUUCAAGACUCCCUGGAGGAAGUUCUUCACUUCCAUGCCCGUCUAUGCAAUAAUUGUGGCCAACUUCUGCAGGAGUUGGACAUUUUAUCUGCUACUCAUCAGUCAGCCCGCAUACUUUGAAGAGGUGUUUGGCUUUGAGAUAAGCAAGGUCGGAAUGGUGUCAGCGCUCCCCCACUUGGUCAUGACCAUCAUUGUGCCCUUAGGAGGCCAGUUAGCCGACUACCUGCGUACACACAACAUCAUGUCCACCACCACGGUGCGCAAGAUCAUGAACUGUGGAGGGUUCGGUAUGGAGGCCACCCUCCUACUGGUGGUGGGUUACUCUCACAGUAAGGGGAUGGCCAUCUCCUUCUUGGUGCUGGCUGUGGGCUUUAGUGGGUUUGCAAUAUCAGGUUUCAAUGUCAACCAUUUAGACAUCGCUCCACGUUAUGCCAGCAUCCUCAUGGGCAUCUCCAAUGGCGUUGGCACCCUGUCAGGGAUGGUCUGUCCUCUAAUCGUGGGAGCCAUGACAAAGAAUAAGACUCGGGAGGAGUGGCAGUACGUCUUCCUAAUUGCCUCACUGGUGCAUUACGGGGGCGUGGUGUUCUACGGCAUCUUUGCCUCCGGGGAAAAACAACCAUGGGCCGACCCGGAGGAGACCAGCGAAGAAAAGUGCGGCUUCAUCGACGAGGACGAGCUGGCCGAAGAGACAGGUGACAUCACGCAGGGUUACGGCGCCAUGGGCGGCCCGGCUAAAAGCUACGGCGCCACAGCGCAGCUCAAUGGCGGUUGGGUGCAGGACUGGGAUAAGACGGAGGAGUACGUGCAGGAACCAGCUGGGAAGAUGUACUCAGAGCGAGGCUACUCUUAGAGCAGAUGAAUCCUACGUUGCACAAAAUAACUUUAGAUAGAUGAAUCCAUUCUGUGUAUUCCACAUAGUGUAGUUUUCCAACAGAGUCCACACACUCAUCACAUCUACAGUCAGCGCACAGAAGUGCAGUGUUUUUCAACCUUUUCUGAGCCAAGGCAUAUUUUUUUCAUUGAAAAAAUCCCGAGGCACACCACCAGCAGAAAUCAUUGAAAAAUUCAACUCAGCAGCCGAUAUUGACAAUUAAAAAGACGUUUUCGCAAGUGUUGGAUAUGAAUUUAAACCUUAACCAAGCAUGCAUCACUAUAGCUCUUGUCUCAAAGUAGGUGUACUGUCACCGCCUGUCACAUCGCGCCGUGACUUAUUUUGAGUUGUUUGGUGUUUUCCUGUGUGUAGUGUUUUAGUUCUUGUCUUGCGCUCCUAUUUUGGUGGCUUUUCCUGUUUUUUGGUAUUUUCCUGUAGUAGUUUCAUGUCUUCCUUGCACUUGCUUUGUUUUCACAAUCAAGACUAUUUAAGUUGUGCGAACACUAUCCUUCUUUGUGGGGACAUUGUUGAUUGUCAUGUCGUGUACGGAUGUACUUUAUGGACGCCAUCUGCUCCACACGCUGUAAGUCUUUGCUGUCGUCCAGCAUUCUGUUUUUGUUUACUUUGCAGCCAGUUCAGUUUUAGUUUCGUUUUGCAUAGCCAUACCUAAGCUUCAAUGCCUUUUCUUAGCGGCAUUCGCCUUUUGUUUAAGCGUUAGAUACCUUUUUACCUGCACACUGCCUCCCGCUGUCUUCUGCAUAUUGUGAUCACGACAAAACAUCUACAAAGCAAUUAGCUACCGGCUGCCACCUACUGAUAUGGAAGAGUAUUACAUGGUUACUCUGCCGAGCUCUAGACAGCACAGACGCUCAAUAACGGCACAUUUGCGGAUUAUAAUUACUGGUUUGAAAAAAAUAUUUUUAACCCAAUUAGGUGAAAUUACAUAAUCUCCCACGGCACACCAGACUGUAUCUCACGACACACUAGUGUGCGGCGGCACAGUGGUUGAAAAACACUGCACUAGAGAUGUUGCAAAGCAAGAUGCAGGCCAAUGUUGUACAAAGGUUCUUAGGCACCCAAACCUCAUCAGUUUACUUGAACAACAUGAGCCACAUGACCUUGCAGUAGACCCUCACUCAAGGUCUCUCUCUCUCCGAUUGCACUGAAGUAUUUAAAAAAAAAAAAAAAAGCAGAUUACAUUGUGUUGUAUGUACUGUAUAUACCUGUAUACUGUUUCUGUGAGACUAUUGUGGAUUUGGGUCGUUGAUCUGUGUUUAUCAUUGAUAUAAAAAGGCCAUAUUUUUCAUGGACAGUACCUUUUCAGGGAGAUGUCUGCUUGCAAAAAAAAAAAAAAAAAAGGUCUCUUCCUCGUCCUAGAGCGAGGCGAGUAAUACUCCUAAGGGCGAGUGAACCUUAGGGUGCGUUUACACUUGUCAUGUUUGGUUGGGUUAAAGCUAGUUCUUAGCUCAUUCAAAAAGGGACUCAGACCAGGCGCUCUUUAAACAUAUAUUUGAGAAACUUUGGUAACACUUUAGUAUGGGGAACAUAUUCACCAUUAAUUAGUUUCUUAUUAACAUGCAAUUUAGUAACAUAUUGGCUCUUAAUUAGUCAUUAUUAAGUACUUAUUAAUGCCUUAUUCUGCAUGGCCUUAUUAUACAACCAGUAAGCCAUUAACACUUUAGUAUGGGGAACAUAUUCACCAUUAAUUAGUUGCUUAUUAACAUGCAAAUUAGUAACAUAUUGGAUCUUAAUUACCGUAUUUUUCGGAGUAUAAGUCGCACUGGCCGAAAAUGCAUAAUAAAGAAGGAAAAAAACAUAUAUAAGUCGCACUGGAGUAUAAGUCGCUUUUUUGGGGGAAAUGUAUUUGAUAAAACCCAACACCAAGAACAUACAUUUGAAAGGCAAUUUAAAAUAAAUAAAGAAUAGUGAACAACAGGCUGAAUAAGUGUACGUUAUAUGACACAUAAAUAACCAACUGAGAAGGUGCCUGGUAUGUUAACAUAACAUAUUAUGGUAAGAGUCAUUCAAAUAACUAUAACAUAUAGAACAUGCUAUACGUUUACCAAACAAUCUAUCACUCCUAAUCGCUAAAUCCAAUGAAAUCUUAUACGUCUAGUCUCUUACGUGAAUGAGCUAAAUAAUAUUAUUUAAUAUUUUACGGUAAUGUGUUAAUAAUUUCACACAUAAGUCGCUCCUGAGUAUAAGUCGCACCCCCAGCCAAACUAUGAAAAAAACUGCGACUUAGAGUCCGAAAAUACGGUAGUCAUUAUUAAGUACUUAUUAAUGCCUUAUUCUGCCUGGCCUUAUUAUACAACCAGUAAGCCAUUAACACUUUAGUAUGGGGAACAUAUUCACCAUUAAUUAGUUGCUUAUUGACAUGCAAAUUAGUAAGAUAUUGGAUCUUAAUUACCGUAUUUUUCGGAGUAUAAGUCGCUCCGGAGAAUAAGUCGCACCGGCCGAAAAUGCAUAAUAAAGAAGGAAAAAAACAUAUAUAAGUCGCACUGGAGUAUAAGUCGCAUUUUUGGGGGAAAUUUAUUUGAUAAAACCCAACACCAAGAACAUACAUUUGAAAGGCAAUUUAAAAUAAAUAAAGAAUAGUGAACAACAGGCUGAAUAAGUGUACGUUAUAUGACACAUAAAUAACCAACUGAGAAGGUGCCUGGUAUGUUAACAUAACAUAUUAUGGUAAGAGUCAUUCAAAUAACUAUAACAUAUAGAACAUGCUAUACGUUUACCAAACAAUCUGUCACUCCUAAUCGCUAAAUCCAAUGAAAUCUUAUACGUCUAGUCUCUUACGUGAAUGAGCUAAAUAAUAUUAUUUAAUAUUUUACGGUAAUGUGUUAAUAAUUUCACACAUAAGUCGCUCCUGAGUAUAAGUCGCACCACCAAACUAUGAAAAAAAUUGCGACUUAUAGUCCGAAAAAUACGGUAGUCAUUAUUAAGUACUUAUUAAUGCCUUAUUCUGCAUGGCCUUAUUAUACAACCAGUAAGCCGGUAACACUUUAGUAUGGGGAACAUGUUCACCAUUACCAACCCUAACCCUAACCCUAACCAAUUAAUAAAAAAUUAAGUCUUUAUUGUUACUUAAAAUAUGUUCCCCUCGUGUCCAAAUAACUCUAAAUUAAGUCUUUGUUACUUAGAAUAUGUUCCCCAUACUAAAGUGUUACCGAAACGGUACUUUUUGAAAGCCUAAAGAACACAAAACCUGUUCAAGCCAGAAUGUAACAUUUUGGUUUCUAUUAUUUGAGUUCCAGCUUUUUCCGCGUGUGGCGUUUGCUGUGCAGCAAGUGUGAACGCAGCCUCGGGAUCGUUGUGUGUGUCCGUUGCAUGACUUUGCUCUGAUCGAUGUCGAGCCUCCCGCUUGGUGGACGAGAAAAUAAACUUCCCGGAAUCAGACGGCGAUCUGAGACGAAUCAUUGAAGUUGGGUGUGCACUGCAAUAAACCCUGUGUAACGGCUGCUACCCGCCAUCACCUUCUGUUUUCGUAACGUAACCCCGGCUUGCUGUAUCUAUCCGUUGUUAUUGUUUUGGAGUCAUGUGAUGCUCAACGACAAGAUGUGUGUUUUGAAAACAUUUACCCGUAUCCCCAAGAAUACAGCUUUAGUGCUACUGGUGACGACUUUUGACCGUGUGGGGAAUGCAGUACUGUGUGUGGUGUGGACAACUCCUUUUGGUGUUUCUUGCUUCACGCUACUUUUAUGGAUCGGUUUCCACUCAUAAAAAGGCUCUUCCAUUUGCUACGCCUCCACCCCUUAUUUGCUGUACGAAGGAUGUUUAAGAUAUAUGAAUAUUUAAGAAUGUUUAAGAUGACCAAAAUAUAUUACGAUGGCGUGGUGCCUGAAGUCGAUGUACACAGAUAAAUGUGGUUUUAUGGAUCAAAUAUUGUGUUUAACGAAGAGGUAUGUUGAUGUUGAAAAAGUGCUAUAAAAAUGCUCAAUUUAUAUAAAAAAUGCUUCUGUG